UUUUCUUUGCAAUGUAUUCUUCUCUAUUUCUGUUGCUUUUCCUUUUAAACUUGAGCUCUACAAUGAAGCCGACGUUUCACAUACCUCAGAGCCUUCACAAGAUGCUAAAAAUUGCUCCACCGCUCGACGGGUCCCUCUACGAGGUCCCACGUCUUGACUUCGAUUACGACGCUCUAGAGCCGCACAUCGACACAGAAACAGUAAAGGUGCAUCAUAUGGGACACCACGCCGCCUACACCCGCAAGAUGAACGAAAUCCUACAAGCGUGGAGCGAAACAGAGGAAGUUGAAAAGGAGCUGCUUGACUAUCCAAUAGGAGACAUCCUGCAGAGACACAUGGAGAUACCCAAACAGUUUGCACACGACUUGCUGAACCACGCUGGUGGAUUCGUGAAUCAUGCCUUUUACUGGGCAUGCCUUAGUCCAUUAAGUAACAAACAAGCGACUCGCAUCCCGAAUGGUCGAGUUGCCGAAAUGAUCAACCAAAGAUUUGAAAGUUUCGAGAAGAUGAAGGAUGAAUUUAACAAGAGUGCAUUGAGUUUCUUCGGUUCGGGGUACGUGUGGCUGGUGCUGAUGCCAUCCGAUCACCUCCAAGUCAUGGAGUUACCCAAUCAGUUGUUUCCCGUCGCGUACAAUUUCAAGCCGAUUCUCGUAUUGGAUGUCUGGGAGCAUGCGUACUACUUGAAGCAUCAGAAUAAGCGUGCAGGGUAUAUAUCAGACUGGUGGAACGUCGUCGACUGGAAUAAGGUCGCGGCGAUACUGUCACUAUGGGACGAUGCAACAAACAUCGAGAAAGACGAACUGUAGAUGCAUACGUCAAUGUAUUGUGAUACUGAUACACGAGUAUAUGAAAUUCCUAGUCAUGUGACUACGUGACCGCACUAAGUUGUCUGUUUGACAGUAUACUGGAUAUGCUGUGUUAUUGCCUCAAUUGGAUCCUCCUUGAACGCUUUGUCUUGUAAUACUUUAUGGAAUCGUUCGACUUCGCUUUUUCUGUGUGUAGAGAUAGACCGGUGACAAUGAAUUAGAGACAUCCAGAUGUAUAUGUAUAACUUACAAGACACGUUGUCUGUGUUUUCUUGUUAACGAUUUUUUGCUCGGCGAGAA